AUGUCUGACAACGACAACACGAACAUCCAGGCUGCGGCUCCUGCAGACCUGGCAGCAUCUCCUCCUCACUCUCACCACUCAGCUGAGACCGUCACGAACAACGAUAAAGGCUCUACUCUCGUGGAUACCAUCAAGUCUUCGGCGGCCAUGGCGGGAAACAUCGAUGUUGAGAAGCCCAUGUCUCCCUCCCCUGAGAAAGCUCAGGAAACCUCCACUCCUACCUCCGUCACUGAUGUGAAGACCACAAGUGGUCUGUCUGACGAUGAUUCUGAUGUUGGCGAGGACUCCGCUGUUCAGGCAGCUUCUACUAUCUCCGAGAAGGAGGAUACUAAAGUCAAUGAUGUUGCUAAGAACUCUAUUGAGGAGCUGGGUGCCGCAGCCAAUGCUGCCACUUCUGACAACGACGAUGAUAAGAGCGUUACCUCCUCUACUGAUGAUGAGAAAGAGGGCGAUGAUGUCUCAACUACCGACGAGAACAAGGUGACUGGUGUCUCUUCCGGUGCCGCGAUCACAUCUCCCGAGGCCGACACUCCUGAGAACACAGCGGCUGUGCAGGCUCACAAAGACACCACUUCCUCCCCUGACGCAGUUCACAAGUCCAUCUUUGGUGGUCCGUUCGUCAAACAGGCUGACAAAGUCGUCGGUGCUGAGAACAUCACGGCUACUACCGAAGACACCGAGUUGCGCUCCGCCCCGGCUCUUGACAAAGGCAAAGAGCCCGCUUACCCAAUCUCCUACGACUACACUACAACUGGCUCUGCUCCUGGUGACCGUGCUACCGACGGCGAGAUCGAUGCUACCAAUGACAUGGUCGACAUCUAUGGCAAUCCCAUCGAUGAUGAGACCCCUCCCUUCAGUUUCGGUGACUGGAUCAAGUACCUUGUGUACUGCGAGCAAGGAACCCAGAUCUGCUGCGAGUUCGGCCGCGCUGACAAGGAUGGCAAUAUUCGCGUCCAGAAGCGUUUCUUCGUCCCGAAGAAACUGUUGACCGACUUCUCCCCCGUGUUUAAGAAGAUGCUCAGUGGCCCCUGGAUGGAGGCUAAGAAAGACACCAUGUCUUUUGAAGACAUCGACCCGAUGGAGUUCUACCGCCUGAUCCAGGUUCUGAAGUCCGGCGUUAAGGUGCCCCAGAUCAACCUUGGAAAGCGAGAGAACAUUCUGUCCAACCUCUGCAAGAUCUAUCUGCUUGCCGACCGUUAUUUGAUGGUGGACGCGCAGGCCUGGGUCAAGCUCAGCGUCAUGGAUUACCUUCAGCGUCUCGCCACCAACUGGCACGUUGAUUAUCAGAGAGACACGGUCGUGCAGCGAGAUCCCAAUGCGGAAGAGUUCCAUAACGCCCAGCUGAUGGACGUCUCCAACACCUACACUCUCGUUGCUAAGAUGGGCGAGGAUCGCUGCCCAGUCAAGCUCUCUGAGCUGUCCAUCUUCGCGGCUUUCCACUGCCCGCGCAACCUCUUGCGCAAGAUGUGGGGUCAGAUGGAUGAGGACAUGACCCAUGAGAUGGGCUACCAUCUCGUCAAAUAG